UCACUCUUUACGACCUGAACCCGAAGAAGAGGAAGAAGCAUCAACAAUAAUGUGAAGCAUUCCAAAUGAGAUCUUCCUCGAAAUUAUUUUGAAAGUAGCAGUGAAAUCGACGAAGUGUGUUUGCAAUUUUUGGUUGGGAAACGUUAUCUGCUCAUUAAGCUAUGAUCCGCGAAUGAAUUUCAUUUGUGUAGUGUCAAAUUGAUGAUAGGCCAGAAAGAGAUGUUCGAUCUUGUAAUGGUUCGGUUUACAUUUGGUCUUUGGAAUCCUAUCAAUAAAAGGAAUUACCAGAUAAACCAGCGGAUUGGAGAUUACAAAUUGAUACACUUGUACGACGAUUCUCAUUGUUUUUCUAGUUGAUGUCUAUACGGUGGGUCCAAAUUCAUGGAGAAACGCUCAAGUCAUCUCAUGUAUGUGCCGGAAGAGUCUGGAGUGCUUGAUAAUGGAGCUUAUCAUCGGCUAAGUCAAAGGAUUGACAGUGUCUCUGUUGUUGUAAGAAUUCCUUUAACAAAUGAGAACCUUGUAGCGUAUGGUGGUCCUAUCUGUAGCAUGUGGUGGUUAUUGAGAGGAAUGAUACUUGUGAAAACGAAACAAAUCAGUAUCCUGUUUCAUCCAAUGCCUUUUUGUUAGUCCCUUAAUCAGACUUGGUAAUUUGGAAGCAAUGAUACUUGUGCAGGUUGAUGGGGUUAGCUUUGGUUUCAUCGAAUUAUAGAACUAAGGACCAUUAAGAGGAAACCAAUGGGGACAUAAGCAAAAGCCUGGGAAGAAAACUUCAAGAGGAGAAUGGCAGGAACAGGGGAAGGGCCAGCGAUUGGUAUUGAUUUGGGUACAACAUAUUCGUGUGUAGGAGUAUGGCAACAUGAUAGAGUUGAGAUUAUUGCUAACGAUCAAGGAAACAGAACAACACCUUCAUAUGUUGCUUUUACUGAUACCGAGCGAUUGAUCGGUGAUGCUGCAAAGAAUCAAGUUGCUAUGAACCCUGUCAACACUGUCUUUGAUGCAAAGCGUUUGAUUGGGAGGAAGGUUUCUGAUCCAUCAGUUCAGUCUGACAUGAAGCUAUGGCCUUACAAGGUUACAGCUGGACCAGCUGAAAAACCCGUGAUUACUGUGACUUACAAAGGUGAAGAUAAGGAAUUUUCAGCUGAAGAAAUAUCAUCUAUGGUUCUCAUCAAGAUGCGCAAGAUUGCAGAGGCGUACCUUGGUUCCUCUAUAAAGAAUGCAGUUGUUACCGUCCCUGCAUACUUCAAUGACUCGCAGCGUCAAGCUACCAAGGAUGCUGGUUCCAUUGCUGGUCUUAAUGUCCUGAGAAUCAUCAAUGAACCAACUGCUGCUGCAAUCGCUUAUGGUCUUGAUAAGAAAUCAUCCAGCACUGGGGAGAAGAAUGUUCUUAUUUUCGAUCUUGGUGGUGGUACAUUUGAUGUUUCACUAUUGACUAUUGAAGAGGGUAUCUUCGAAGUGAAGGCUACUGCUGGAGAUACUCAUCUUGGAGGAGAAGAUUUUGAUAACAGGAUGGUGAAUCACUUUGUGCAAGAGUUUAAGAGGAAGAAUAAGAAGGAUAUCAGUGGAAAUCCUAGAGCAUUAAGAAGGUUGAGGACAGCUUGCGAGAGGGCCAAGAGGACUCUUUCUUCCACUGCCCAGACUACAAUUGAAAUCGAUUCUCUAUAUGAAGGUGUUGAUUUUUACACAUCCAUUACUCGUGCAAGAUUUGAAGAGAUGAACAUGGACUUGUUCAGGAAGUGUAUGGAGCCUGUUGAGAAGUCCUUGAGGGAUGCUAAGAUGGACAAGAGCAGUGUUCAUGAUGUUGUUCUGGUUGGUGGAUCAACUCGGAUUCCUAAAGUGCAGCAAUUGUUGCAGGAGUUCUUUAAUGGGAAGGAACUCUGCAAGAGUAUUAAUCCCGAUGAAGCUGUGGCUUAUGGAGCGGCUGUGCAGGCUGCCAUUUUGACUGGUGCAAGUAAUGAUAAUUUGAAUCAGAUUUUGCUGUUGGAUGUUGCUCCUCUCUCCCUUGGGCUCGAGACUGCCGGAGGGGUUAUGACUACUUUGAUUGCAAGAAACACCACCAUUCCCACCAAGAAGGAGCAAGUUUUCUCUACCUACUCCGACAACCAACCUGGAGUGUUGAUUCAGGUGUUUGAAGGGGAGAGGGCAAGAACCAAGGAUAACAAUUUGCUUGGUAAAUUUGAGCUUUCUGGAAUUCCACCUGCGCCUCGUGGUGUACCUCAGAUCACUGUUUGCUUCGACAUCGACGCAAAUGGUAUUCUUAAUGUAUCUGCUGAGGAUAAGACUACAGGGAAGAAGAACAAAAUCACAAUUACAAAUGAUAAAGGAAGGUUGUCCAAGGAGGAGAUUGAGAAGAUGGUUCAAGAGGCAGAGAGGUACAAGACAGAGGAUGAAGAGCACAAGAAGAAAAUCGAGUCGAAGAAUGGUUUGGAGAAUUAUGCUUACAAUAUGAGGAAUACCAUCAAGGAUGAGAAGAUUGCUGGGAAAUUGGAUCCAGCUGAGAAGAAGAAGAUUGAGGAUGCCAUUGAAGCUGCUAUCCAGUGGCUUGACUCCAACCAGCUUGCAGAGGCUGAUGAAUUUGAUGACAAGAUGAAAGAGCUGGAGAGUCUGUGCAACCCAAUCAUCGCCAAGAUGUAUCAAGGUGGUGCUGGACCUGACAUGGGUGGUUUUGGUGGCAUGGGCGAGGAUGGUCCUUCAAUGGGUGGUGCAGGACCCAAAAUUGAGGAAGUCGAUUAAGCAACAGAAACUGAAGUUGCUGGGGAUUUAUUUUGUUUAGAUUUACUUUAGGUUUAUUUUUGUCUAAUGCAGCAAUCAGUUAUGGUAUCUCAGUUUUAGUUUGAUAAAUUUUCAUCUUUUUAUAUCUUUAUGCUUCUGUCUGAUUCUCUUAAAACUACUUGUGGUUUCUCUGACUUUACACAAAUCCUGUGAGCAUU